AUGUCAGAUUUACAAAAUAAUAUUAAAUUUCAUACUUUGCUACCGCAAUUAAAUUUUAAUGCAAACGAUAUCGAUAUCGCUUGUAAAGAUAAAUUAGAUAAAUUCACAUUCAGUAAUAAAAAUUUGUUUAUAGUUACUGAAAGAUUGAAUAGUCAAAUAAUUCCACCUUCUCCUCCUUUGUCCGCUGAUAAUUCACCACGAUCAAUAAAUCAAGAAAUUAUUAUUCCAAUGAUGCUAAAAGUUCAACAAGAUCAAUUAACCACAAAUACAUACACACCCCCAUCACCAACACUAUUGCAUACUUUACCAACAACAACAAAACGUCGCAGUCGUCGUCAUGUUUGUAAGACUUGUACAAUGGCUUUUACAACGGCAGGCCAUUUAUCAAGACAUAAUAGAAUCCAUACAGGUGAAAAAAAUCAUACUUGUCCACAUGAUGGUUGCGGACAAAAAUUUAGUAGACAUGAUAAUUGUAUUCAACAUUAUAGAACUCAUUUAAGAAAAAAGUCUCGUAAGUGA